CGAAAUCUUCGUCUUCCAUGAUCCCAGCAGUCCAAUCUCUAUAGUGCAGGAAAUCGGCCAAAUGGAUAACUCACCACCAGACAGAGAAGAAGUAUUUAGCAGGCUUUCACCACUUGUCAUGGGCGGAGCAGGUUUCAGCUAUCAACUACAUCCAAACCCGGAAUCUCUGCCAGUGAGAAACAUCGUCCAAAGAGCAUUUGAGCUAGGUCUAAGGACCAUCGACACAUCUCCCUAUUACGAGCCAUCUGAACAACUACUAGGUGCAGCUUUGUCUCAUCCGGAGAUAUGCAGCAAGUAUCGACGGAAUGAUUACCUUCUGAUGACAAAGGUCGGAAGGCUUGCAGAGAAGCACUUUGACUAUUCUCCUGAUUGGAUUCGUAAAUCUGUUGCUCGCUCUUUGCAACGCUUUGGGACGACAUAUUUGGAUGUGGUCUUUUGCCACGAUGUCGAGUUUGUAAGCAUUGAUGAAGCAGUCGAAGCAAUCGGGAUCCUACAAGAGCUUUCACAGAACGGCAUCAUUAAGUAUGUCGGUGUUUCUGGAUACGAUAUUGAGCGUCUAGAGGCCGUGUCACUUAGAGCUCGCGAGAGAUUUGGAUACCCCGUCGACGUGGUCCAAUCUUGGGCGAAGCUCACCCUGCAGAACACGGAGCUCGAGGAAAAGGGUCUGGAGGCAUUUCGCAAGGCUGGUGUGAAAGCAGUCUGCAGCUCCAGCCCCCUUGCUGUCGGCCUCCUUAGGAACGACGGAGUACCAGUGGGUGCGCUUGGAGAUUUCCAUCCUGCCCCUGCUGGAUUGCGAGCUGCUGCCCAGAAUGCUGCGUGCUGGGUCCACAGUGAGGGUGAUGACCUAGCGUCGCUUGCUCUGCGCUUCGCGAUAUCUCGGGCGCUGCAAAACUGUCAACCAGGCUUUACAGUGACUACGAUCACCGGCAUUGGGUCAAUCUCAGACCUCGAAGAGAACGUGAAGACUGCGAAACGGAUACUCAAAAUGUCAAGGCCACCCGCAACUGAAGAUAUGAUGAGCAUUAUACCACCCCUCUACAAUUAUGAUUGUAUCGAUGGAACGAUGGCGAAGCGUGACGAGCCCCUCUACAGUGCAGUCAGGAACAUCCUAGGCCCCUGGCUCGACUACGAUUUCUCGAGUACUCCACCAAAGACCUUGGCAGCCCAUUUGAGGACAGCAAGGUACGCACUUUCACAGACCUUCAGCCGGACAUGA